GGAGGGUGGAAGGAUUUUAAGGUUAGCUGUUGAUGUUAUGGUUUUGGCGUGGAACCAGAAAGACCAUGUUGGAGUUAAAGAGACAGACAAAGGAGGUUGUUAGUGUUCAAUGCUGUGUGAAACAAUGUGGGGCUGUAUAACAGAUUUCUUCACUUACGAGACGACAAAGUCUGUGGUGGUGAAGAGCUGGACCAUCGGCAUCAUCAACCGAGUUGUUCAGCUGCUCAUAAUCUCUUACUUUGUUGGUUGGGUGUUUUUGUAUGAGAAGGCCUAUCAAGAGCGAGACACAGCUGUCGAAUCAUCAGUGAUGACUAAAGUAAAAGGAUUUGGAGAGCACCACAAUAAAACUAUGGAUGUCGCUGACUUUGUCACACCUUCACAGGGGGCCUCAGUGUUCUGCAUCAUUACUAAACUCAUCACUACUGAGAACCAGGUGCAGGGUUUGUGUCCUGAGAGUGAGCUCAAAUUUAAAUGUGAACAUGAUGAAGACUGCAAAAGAUUAAUGACAAAGCCAGGCUCAAAUGGUUUGUUGACAGGAUAUUGUGUGAACUAUAAUACUUCUAUGAAAACCUGUCAGAUCAGAGGAUGGUGUCCUGCAGAGAUAGAUUACAUCCAAAUAACACCCAUGAUGGAGGUCGAGAACUUCACCAUAUUUAUCAAAAACAGCAUCCGCUUUCCCCGCUUCAACUUCACAAAAGGAAACUUCUUACCCAACAUCAAUACCAGUUAUAUAAAGAAGUGCAAUUUUGACUUUGAACAUAACAGUUACUGCCCUAUAUUCAGAGUGGGAGAUGUGAUCCGGUUUAGCCAUCAGAACUUCACCACGCUGGCGAAUAAAGGUGGAGUGAUAGGCAUAAAGAUAGCCUGGUUGUGUGACCUGGAUAAAUCAGAGGACGAAUGUAAGCCUGCAUACUCCUUUACCCGUCUGGAUGCCAUGUCUCAGAAAACCAGCGUAUCACCAGGGUACAACUUUAGGUUCGCAAAGUACUUUAAGAUGGAGAAUGGGACGGAGUACCGCACGCUGCUGAAAGCAGUCGCUAUCCGAUUUGAUGUGAUGGUCAACGGAGACGCUGGGAAAUUUAAUAUGAUCCCAACUCUAAUCAAUAUGGUGGCUGCCUUCACUUCUGUGGGUGUGGGAGCUGUUCUUUGUGAUAUAAUUCUUCUGAAUUUCCUGAAAGGAGCUGACCAGUACAAGGCAAGGAAAUUUGAAGAGGUGUCAGAUGCACACAUUGAAAAAUCACCCUCCUACAUGAGCAGCGUGUACCGGACCAGAGAUCACAGCCAGCUGUCGGUCAGACCUGAAGACAAAUUCUCUAAUGACUCAGGGGCUUUUUCCAUUGGACAGUAUGGUUAACAUCUUCAGAAUUCCUUCUAGUAACACUUACACACCCUACACAAUUUCACUUGUAGCUGAAUAUAAAUAUGCACUGUAAAUAGCUGUAUCACAUUCUAGUACUGAAUUGAAUAUACAAGGUGUCCUAUUAGUAAAAAAGCAAAGAUUUCACAUUCAAACAGAAAAUUUUUUAAAUAAUGUACACUAAUAAUCAACAAUUAUAUAUAUAUAUAUAUAUAUAUAUUUCUUCUUCUUCUUCUUUUUUUGGCUGCUCCUGAUUAGGGGUCACCACAGUGGAUCUUUCAUCUCCAUUGCUCCCUGUCUUCCGCAUCCUUCUCUACCACACCUGACACUUUCAUGUCCUGUCUCACCACAUCCAUGUAUCUCCUCUUUGGCCUUCCUUGUUUUCGUUUGCCUGGCAGCUCCAUCCUCAACAUUCUCCUCACAUGCUCUGCAUCUCUUCUCAGGAUGUGCCCAUACCAUCUCAGUCUCAUCUUUCUUAGCUUAAUUCCCAAGCUCUCCACAUGUGCUGUCCCUCUGAUGUGCUCGUUCCUUAUCCUGUCCAACCUAGUCACUCCCAUCGCAAUCCUUAACAUCCUCAACUCCGCCACCUCCAACUUUGCCUCCUGUCUCUUCGCUAAGGGUACGGUCUCCAAUCCAUACAUCACAGCUGGUCUCACUACUGUCUUAUACAUCUUACCUUUCACUUUUGCUGGGACUUUCCUAUCACAAAUGACUCCCGAAAUCCUUCUCCAACUGCUCCACCCUGCCUGCACUCUCUUUCUCACCUCACUAUCGCAGCCCCCAUUUUCCUGCAUAGUUGACCCCAGGUACUUGAAUUCACCAACUUUCUUUAUGUCUACUCCUUGCAUCUUCACUACACUCUCAUCCCCAUUCUCAUUGAUGCACAUGUAUUCUGUUUUGCUGCUGCUCACCUUCAUUCCUCUUCGUUCCAAUGCAUACCUCCAUCUCUCCAAACCCAACUCAACCUCCUUUCUACUUUCACCACAUAUCACAAUAUCAUCCGCAAACAUCAUGUUCCAUGGUGACUCUUGCCUCACUUCGUUCGUCAAGCUAUCCAUCACUAUGGCAAACAAAAAAGGACUCAAAGCAGAUCCUUGAUGAAGUCCCACUUUCACCUUGAACCAUUCAGUUGUUCCAACUGUACACCUCACUGCUGUUUCACUGUUCUCAUACAUGUCUUGCACCACUCUAAUAUACUUCUCAUUCACUCCACUCUUUCUCAUACAAUACCAUAACUCAUCUCUCGGCGCUGUAUCGUAUGCCUUCUCCAGGUCUACAAACACACAAUGUAGCUUUCUCUGGCCUUCCCUGUACUUCUCCAUUAACAUUCUUAAAGCAAAUUUGCAUCCGACGUGCUCUUCCUUGGCAUAAACCCAUACUGCUGUUCACAGAUUGCUACCUCUCUUCUCAGUCUCGCCUCCAGUACCCUUUCCCAUAGCUUCAUGGUGUGGCUCAUCAAUUUUAUUCCUCUGUAAUUACUGCAGCUCUGUACAUCUCCCUUAUUCUUGUAUAUUGGGACUAGCACACUCUUUCUCCAUUCAUUUGGCAUUUUCUCAUUCUCUAGGAUCUUAUUAAACAAUCUCGUUAGGAACUCCACAGCCAUCUCACCCAAACAUCUCCAAGCCUCAAUCGGGAUACCACCUGGUCCGACUGCUUUCCCAGUCGUCAUUCUUUUCAUGGCUGCCCUCACCUCAUCUUUACUAACCAACUCUGCUUCCUGAUUUGCUGUCUGCAAUGAAUCCGACCUUUUCUCUCUUGGAUUCUCCUCAUUUAAUAAAUCCUCAAAGUACUCUUUCCACCUUCUUAAUACGCUCUCUUUGUUUGUCAGCACAUUUCCAUUUACAUCUUUCAUCACUCUUACCUGCUGUAUAUCCCUCGCUUCCCUGUUUCUCUGCCUAGCUAGUCUGUACAGGUCUUUCUCUCCUUUGGUCUCCAGUCUUUCAUACAACUCCUGGUAUGCAUCUGCGUUCGCCUUCGCUACCACUCUUUUUGCCUUCUGUCUUGUCUCUCUGAUCGUCCCAAUUCUUUUUUGCUAGCCUCUUCUCUUUUAUAAUUUCCUGCACUUCUUUGUUCCACCACUAUGUCUCCUUGUCUUCCUUCCUCCUUCCUGAUGACCACCCUAGCACCUUCCUUGCUGCCUCUCUUACUAGUACAGCAGUAGUAUUCCAAUCUUCUGGUAGACUUCCAUGACCACUCAAUGCUCGUCUCAUUUCUUCCCUAAACUCCUUCUGAUGUUCAACCUCUUUUAGUUUCCACCACUUUAUAUAUAUAUAUGCUGAUUCAUUAAAGCUAUGCAACAACAUACAGUAUAUGUAGUUAUGCAGUGACUAAACAUUGUUAAACCGAUCAAAAUAAUCUUAGACCAUAUUUUAGAUUCUUUGUAGUAGCCUUGAUUGUCUUGAAAACAAAUUUCAAGUGCAAGGUUAAAUCAAAAACUUUCUAAGAUCCUUAAAAACAUAAUUAAUCAGGUGUAUCCCAACUUCUGACUGAUACAGUAUGUGUAGAAUAUCAUGUUUGGACACAAAACAUUUUUUUUCCUUUUAAAAAAAUGCAACACAUCUAUCUGGGAUUUUCUGUGAAUACAUCACAGUAAAGGUCCUGUCCAUUUGAAUAAUGCUGGUAACAGCUGUUUUCCAUAGUUAUAACAAUUACAAUAAACUAAACCUCAACGUAAAACAACUGACUAAUAAUAUGCCUUAAAAUGCAGAUUAGUAAGGAAUAAAACAAAACAAGGCAUGAUGUUAGAGGAAAAUAAUCAGCGAUAUUUUGGUGUAACAAUCAUUUUCCAAUAAUGGUAAAAGUGUUUUAUUCCUCUUAUACAACAGCAAUUUGCCAAUGCUAACAUUUUUUAAAUUAGAGAAUUACAUAUUGUACUUUUUAUCCAUAUUAUGUGUCAGUCCACCAGAUAUUCAUAACAGAUGCUCAGAUUAUGGAUUUUGAAUGGAACAUAUCCGAUAUACCACAAAACUUUUCUGCUGCGCAUGUGCACAAUCAUUUAUUUGUCCGCCGGG